AUGGAACCCUUCAACGUUUUGAUAUCCCCCCGCUCCUGUGACGAUUGCAAAAGGCGAUGGAGAAACAUCAAGGAUACCUAUUUUAGAAACAGAAAAAAACGUAAAUUGGGGACCGGUUCAGCAGCAUCUGAACGAGUAAUAAAGUGGACCCUUUACGAUCGGCUUUCCUUUCUUGAUGUUAUUAAGCAUGAACGAGAAUCAAAAAAUACCUUGACGGAAGAAGAGGAAACUCCAGCUUACAGCGAGACGGACUACGAAACCCAACCAACCGAUGAAUCAACAUUAGACGAUUCUGAUUUACUAGACGAAUAUUCAACCCCAUCCACAUCUCGUCGAAUUUCAGACGCAAUGAAAUUGAAUAAAGGGCUGAAUAAGAAUCCUUUUCAACAAAACUGUGGGAAAAGAUCGCAGCCCCGAGUGUCAAAACUAAAUACCAUGGCUCAAUUUGAAGAGAGAGCUCAGAAGCGAAUGGAGCUCCUUGAAACUAUCCACAAAAAAAACAUUUCAAAUUCAGAAGAUGACGUAGAUUUGUUCAUGAAAAGCAUUAGCUUCACCGUUAAAAAAUUUCCACCUGCUGAACUGAAUGAAGCAAAACUUGGUAUCCUAAAACUCGUAAGCGAUCUUCAGCUCAAAUUAGCAACACAAAAUUCAUCUCAACAAACUCCAGCACAUAGUUCACAACCAACCUCACCUGCCGAUAGAUCAAAUUCACAUUCUUUGGGUACAAAUCAAUAUCAACUAAAUGGACCUUUCAAUCUGACUGAGACUACGUCACAUACUACUGCUAGUACUAGUCAAUAUAAACUACAGAAUGGAUCUUUUCAUCUGGCUGCGACUGAGUCGGAUAAUAUUGCUGGUUCAUAUUUUAAAAGCUAUAACCCAGAACAACAGAAUUCAUCAAUUUCAAAUGUUUCUUAA